AUGGACUCUGAUGACAACUCGCGUCUGGAGAAUGAGUUCGCAAGAUGCGUGAUCGUGCCACGUGCGCAUCCAAAAGCUGGGCAGCCAACGCUUGGACGGACGUCCCUCCUCACAGCAACCCCACAGCAGGACAUUGCGGUGCGGGCCGAGGCCUGCGACUGGGCCAACCUGUUCGAGAGAGCAGCACGGGUGUUUAGAGAGGAGCGUCGACCAGACAGGCUGCCCUUUCCGAGCAGCUGGUCGUGGACUCUGGCGCCUUUUCGCUCCCACGUGCUCCGCAGGCCUCGUCUGCUGAACGUCAGCUCGAAGAAGACGGCGCCAUUGUCGUCCAUAGCGAGCACGACGGCAAGCUGUUCACGGUCAAGAAGGCGGAGUUGGGCACCUUCCUCCUUUGCAAAGCGCAAGUUCACGGAGGAGCCGGUCAGUUAUAGAGACCCCAAGGAUGGGCCGCAGGGCUUCUGCAGACGCUACGGCGAGGUCCUCGGUCAUUCGGUGGAGAUUCGGCGCCUGUGCCCCUCCCGAGAGUUUGGAUCCUACCCCGGCUGGCCCACCGCAUACCCCUUUCAAGAAGGGCAGCAACACCUCGAAGAGGCAAUCAAGGCUGGGUGCGCGUGCAAGCCCUAUCUGGACCUAGAGAGAGAUGGGGGGUUGCCGGAGGGAGUGACGCUAGAGAUGGUCAUCGAGGCCUUUGAGGCGGCCAUUUUCCAGGAGGACUACAACAUCGAGCUUCCUUCCGAGUCCUUCAACUGGCUCCUCUGUGACUACGGGCCCGGCGGCAAGUUCAGCCUGCACCUGGUGGUCUCGACCCACUUCCCCCAGUUCGUCUUCCUCUCCAACCUAGCUGCACCCGCCGACCAUCAGGGCGCGGGGCACCUCGCCAGGGAGCUCCCCCGGCGCCUGCCCCCGCAGUACACCGAGCUCAUCGACCAGUCGGUGUACACCAGGAACCGGGGGAUCCGGCUCCCGUAUUGUUCAAAGCCCGCAACCCCCCGCAGCCGCCUCAUCCCCUUGGACGAGAGCAAGCCGUACGCCGAUGCAUGCAUCACCUGGCUGGACGAACACGUCCAGAUCAUUCAAGUGCCGACCAGCCUGCCGGACGCGGUAGCCGAGCCUCGACGCCCCCGUACCUGGCCCGAGCACUUUCGGUACCAGAACGCCACGACAGCGAGCGCGUACACGGCCCAGAGGUGUACAGAGCUGGUCCAGACCCUGCAUCCGACGGCGUACCGCAGGGGCUCCGUGUCAGCAAGCUCUCUGAACUUCAGCUGGCACGACCGGAGCGAGCCGUGCUAUUCGGGGAACGUCCACGAGGGCUCGCGGGACAUCCUCGUCAUUGCCGAUCCCAAGCGUAACGCUGUCUUUGCCAAGUGUGAUAGCGCGCGCCUGGAUGCUGGGACGGGCUUGCGCUGCAAGGAGUUGCCGGCGCGGUACCUGGGCCCGUUCUACGCGGACGUCGAGACUUGGAAGGACGGGGCGGUUGAGGUGAACAUGCGGUACCUGGAGCGCAAGCCGCUGGCCGCGGCGCCCAUGGACCUGCAGCUGAUUCGCGGCGGGUUCUGGGACCUGACGGACAUGGUCGUCUUGAAUGACAUGCUCAACAAGUGGCAGGCUGGCCGUUACAAGGCGGCCCUGAUCAGGAGCCCCAUGGACACCGCAAAGUCGACGACCACCCGGGCCAUCCUUCAAGAGCCGCCCCGACCAGAGACGGCCCUUGCGAUCACCUACCGACAGACACAAGCCAGCGAUGCAGCUGGAAAGAACCCUGAUUUUGCGCACUACGGCGAAUUGAAAACGAAACGGGGGCGCGAGGUCGGGGAGCGCUUCGUCGAGCCUCUCGCCGACAGGGAGCUCUAUCCGCGCGUCAUCUGCCAGGCCGACAGCCUGCGUGGGCUCGUGGGCGACGACGCGCGCGUUCCGGCCUUUGACCUGGUCAUUCUCGACGAGAGCGAGUCCAUUCUUGCGCACCUCUCGGCCGACACCCUGUCGCACGUGCCGGAGCGGCCUCUCCAGUUCGAGUUUCUUGAGGGGCGGGCUGGGCUCCAGCUGUGGGAGAGCGCGAUCUUUGAGGCGCUCGGGGCCGGCCAAAACGUGUUUGUGGCCAGCAUGUCGUCGGACAGGGCGCGGAGUCUGGGAAGUGCGGUGGCAGAGCGGGGGCUUGUGGACGAGGGGCAGAUUCUCGUCAUCACGCGGCACUCUGAUGGGGAGGUGAAGCGGGGCCUCGGGAAUGUGAACGAGAGCUGGGCAAAGCGGCUCGUCAUCAUCAGUCCCACGGUGGAGGCGGGGGUGGACUUCAAUCGGCCAUGGUUCCACAAGAUGUUCCUUUACAUCUGCAAGAAGAGCACGCACCCGCGCGGGCUCGACCAGAUGAAGGGGCGGGUUCGGCAGCUGGUCGACCCCGUGGUCCUGUGCUUUGUCAGGCAGGGCAUCAACUUGCCGACGACGGGGCCUGAGGGAAGCGCAUACAGGACGCUUACGGGGAGAAAAGCCGGAGGGGUCCCAAGGCUGGGGGUCGAGGAGACGUACCAGUGGUUCCUUAACCGAGAUGAGAAGGUCGGGGGAGGGGUCUAUUGCGAGGGCGCAAUCACGCGCCUUCUUGCGCACAACGAGACGGAGCUCUUUAAUGGCCGGACGCACUUCUACGAGGAGUUUACGGAGCUGUUGGAGAGCGACGGCCACGUCGUGAGGGGGGUGCGGGUUCUGGACCAGGCCGAUGGGGGUGAGCCGGGCGGAAGGGAUCAGAGCAGGGGCAAGUUUCUACUCGAGCAAAUGAUCGCCGCCCCUGACAUCACGCCUGGUCAAUUCGCUGCCAUCGAGGCCCGUGUCCGCAGGAACGAGGACUCCCCGGGGGAGAGGGUGCAGCUGGAGAAGUACCAGCUCGCAGGAUUUUACCGUGUGCGGCAGCUGGACGCCAAUUUCCUCAGCACGUUUGGCCCUUAUCCGAACCUCGCGGUCGAGUUCAUUUUGCAGGUCGUCGAUCCUCAAUACGAAUUCGACGAUGAGGAGAUCGGGCGGCCAAGGUACGCCUCUCAGAAGGCCGCCAUUGCAAAGGAGCUGCUGGAGGUGUUGGGUUUUCCGCACCCCCUCGCCCACGAGCACGUCACCAGGACUCUUGCAGAGCUGAGGGAGGAGCUGGCGGCCACCAGCUACUUUCGGGGAUUACUCUGA